GACAGGAAGUAGCUCCGCUAAACGCUUCAUAUGUUAUUGUCAAAUAAUUACGGCUAAAUCGACUUGACAAGCAUGGAGCUGUCUGAAAUCUUGUACAACAAAGCGGAGUACAUAGAGACGGCAUCUGGGAACAAGGUGAGCAGGCAGUCGGUGCUGUGUGGGAGUCAAAACAUCGUUCUUAAUGGCAAAACUAUUGUUAUGAAUGAUUGCAUCAUCAGGGGAGACCUGGCCAACGUCAGAGUGGGGAGACACUGUGUUGUGAAAAGCCGGAGUGUAAUUAGACCACCUUUCAAAAAAUUUAGCAAAGGAGUGGCGUUUUUCCCGCUGCACAUCGGAGACCACGUCUUUAUCGAGGAGGACUGCGUGGUGAACGCAGCUCAGAUCGGUUCCUACGUCCACAUUGGCAAAAACUGUGUGAUAGGUCGUCGGUGUGUGCUGAAGGAGUGCUGCAAGAUCCUAGACAACACCGUGCUCCCACCUGAGACGGUGGUGCCGCCUUUCACCGUCUUCUCCGGGUGUCCAGGUCUGUUUUCAGGAGAGCUCCCCGAGUGCACGCAGGACCUGAUGAUCGACGUAACCAAGAGCUACUACCAGAAGUUCCUGCCCCUCAGUCAGAUCUGAGUCCAACUCCUCCGUCUACUGUAAUGAACUCACGAGAGGUCGCAUCGAGACAAACGUUCAGCUUUAGCUAAACAAGGACAAAAGAUAGAAAGUGAAACGUUUCAAAUCUAAAAUAUUUUUUAAACAUUUGUCAUCCCGGCAUAUUUAAGUGUACGUCAGAUAAAACAGCUGAAAUGUUUUUUAUGAAGUUUCCCCACCAAAAGCUGAAGGAACUCUUUAUUUCUGCUUAGUUUAUGAUGUUUGACUUCAGUUCCAGGUGAAGAUGAAGAGGUGGAGCAAGAAAAGGACCAAAAGCGGAGCGAGGAUUUCUUCAGCGGCGUCAUCUGUAGAUGUUCUCCACCCGGUGAAGAAUAAAAUUGUGUAGCUGGACAUUAGACACGUUUUAGCUUUUCUCUCCAACCAUCUUUUAUGAAUUAUAAAAGUACUGAGUUUGUUUUGGAGCUUCAGUUAACGUGAUGACUUGUUGCAGCGCGUCGCUCCGAGUGCACAGCUGCUGACGAUACGGAAAGAUUUAAACCUGUUAAUAAACUAAAAUGGAUCGAA